UGUGGAUCCAUUUAGAGCUUCAUUAACUCCUAGAAUGGUUGAGGCCUUAGUGUGUACUCGUGAUUGGCUAAAAGGGGAAGAAUUCCAUUUCUACAAAGAGCCUACAGAUGAAGAGCUUGAGUUCUAUAAGGAACUUGAAGAACUAGAGCAAAGUAUGCCUAAUGUAGUGCAAGUGCCACCACCUGUUCAAGGAAAUUUAACAUUACCACCCCCACCAUCACGCUCUCAAGUUCAAAGCCAACUCCCACCAAUUUCACGUGUAGGUUCAAGAGGGGCUCCAUCAAACACAAGAAAACGUGGGAGAAGUAUGGGAUCAUCUAAUCAUCCAUGACAACUUGAUGAAGGGCCAUUAUUGAGAGAAAGAUCCUCAGAACCUGACAAACUGCGAACAUGAACCAAAGGGGUGGACUAGGAUGACAAACCUCUAGUUGGUCAGUCUCUUAGCUUGAAUAAGCUGUUUUAAAUUUUAAUGUCCAGUUUGUUUGUUUUUUUCCACAAAGAAUCAUAGUUGUUGAGAGAAUGAAUUAAACUUUGAAUUCAUACAUAUUAACAAGUAGGGGAGAGCAAACCCGACCCUACCCGAUUGACCCGAUCGGAUAUAUCCGAUUUUAUUUUUUGGGUCGGAUAACCCGACCCGAAUGACCCAAACCCGAUCCGAUUUUUGCAACCCGAGAGUUAAGUGGGUAGCGGGUAGGGUUACCAAUUAUGCUACCCGACCCGCCCGAAAACCCGAACUAGGGUAGUAUAUAUACUACUUUGAAUUAUUAUGCAUGUUCAAAUAUCUCAAUUAUUGUAUGCCAAUUACCAUAUUAUGCAUAUCAAAUAUUCCAAUUGCCGUAUUUGUAAAACUAUAACUUUGAAUGUUGUAUUGUUAUGAUUUUGAAUGAUAUUUUGACCAAUUAUCAUUUUAUUUAUCAUAAUAUCAAAUAUGUCAAUCACCGUAUAUUAUUAUUUUACAUGUUCAAAUAUGUCGAUUACCGUAUUUAU